AUGGCGAACCGAAUGUCCAUCUACUCGUCCCUCUCGUCGGACCCUCGCUCGGCUGCCCAGCAGACUACCCAGGUUUCGACAACGACGCUGCUGAAUGCCCUCCAUACUUCGUACGCCUCGGCACAGGGAUACCAGCUCGAGGCCGGCACCAGCCUGGCCGUCAACACAUGGCUCACCACCACAACUCCUGGGCCUAACGGGGAGGCUGGCGGGACACUGGACUUGAGCCUGGGCAGGAAGGCAUGGGAGCAUGCUCGACGAAGAGCUGAAGAUGGCUGCAUCGUUCUAUGCACUUCCCACCAGUCUUCUCCCUCUCUACUCUUUCCCAUGCUAGGAUCUCUACCCCUAUCUACACCCGAAAUCACAUAUACCGCCAUAUCUGCCAUCCGUCCCUUUGUCUCUCAGGUUACUCCAUACAACCCCACAGCCCUUCAGUACUCUGCCUUUGCAGUCUCCUACACCUUUACCCUGACCGGCCGUGUUACUGAAGUGCAGCUGUCAGUGUCGAACUCUGGCAUCAACGCUUCUCAUGGCCUCUUCAAAGUCCCUGCCGAAGCAGGCUACCGGGCAUUCGAUGUCUUCUACUACCUCAUUACCUCCUCUUCCACCCCAGCUGAGCGAGAGUUCCUCGGUAUCUCGGAUCCUUCUGCCUGUGCCUUGCUUAACAAGACCGGCACAUUCGAUCCACCAUCGUAUCUUCCCACAGCCGACGAUGCUGCCGCCGCUGAGGACUUCCGCAACUGCUUAAAAGCCAUUGGAAUCAAGGGUGCUGCCCAGCGGAAUCUCCUCUCUGUCUUGGCCGCCUUGCUUAAACUUGGAAAUGCCAUGGGCCUGUUGGUCGACCAGGAGGAGAUUGAGGAUGUCUGCGAGGAUGUUGGAGGUCUCCUGAAUAUUGACCCACUCAUCCUUCUUAAGAACUUCAACACAGAUGAACGUGAAGCCUUGAUGGCUGGCAUUUACGAUGCCUUGCUCGACUGGAUCAUUGCCAGGGCAAACGAGGCCAUACAUAACGAGAUUGUCUCAACCCAAGAAAACGGUUCUAGUGACGGAGGACGCCAGGACGAGUCCGCUGAUACAGUUGGCCUUACGGUCGUGGAAAUCCCAGAUCCCGCACUUGGAAAAGCAAUUGCCCUGAGAGGUGCAUUCGACGACACCGUAGGCAUCAAUGCCGAGAUCAAGGAGGAUGGCGUUGAAGUUGUCAGCCCAGGCCAUUCAGUCCUUAGCGAAAUGAAUGCCGCUAAAGCUGAGGUAGGAGUACACCUGGGAAUGACCGAUAACUCUGCUUCCCGAGAGAGAGACUACUUCAACGACAAGGUUGACGGAGUCUUGGAGAAAAUCGGUGUCGAAGUUGAGCCUGGCUGUUUCUUCCGUCAGCUUAUAUACCCUGUUCCAGGACAAGCUGUGAGAUAUGGACGGACCAAGCGUUUCGACCUAGUCGACACCCUUGGAAGCAGCAGAGUCUGGUACCAUCUUUCUAUCCACCCAACGGAUGAUCUUCCAGCCGCUCUUGCUUCACUCCCAUCUGCUACCUCUGCCUGGUCUGCUGGAACCGUUUCCCGUCAACUUCGUGCAUGGAGACUUCCAGAACUCGCAAACCGCCGAAACAAGCAUCUAGAUUUCACUGCAGACUUUGAUGUAGAAGAGUUCGUUAUCAGAUACGCACCUCUCGGCUGCCAGGAAGGAAAAGAUGGCGUUGAGAACUGGAUCCUUGAGCGGGGCUGGAGCAACGGUGAUGUAGUUGUUGGAAAGGAACGCAUCUGGAUGAGAGAAAGCGCCUGGUGGGAAGCUGAGUCCAUGCUUGACCUUAUUCCUCAGCAGCAAGCAGCUGCCAAUCCAUUCAACCCAGGAAUGGCCAGCAACUUUGAUCCUGGCUACACACCUAGCCCACAGGGUCUGAAUCCCGCCAUGAACCAGAGCGGUUUUUUCACUGCUGAUGGUAUGAGCAUUCAAGGCAGCCAUGAACACCUCGUCAACAGACAAGGUCCUGGGACAAUUGCUGGUACGGUAGCCACCAACCCAGGUGUUGCCCAGUCAGUAGCACCCACCAUGAACAGAGCUUCUAGAAACAUUGGAGAUUACGGUCUCGGGUCCAAGGGAGACGACAUCAAGUACGAUGACACGUACUAUGACGAAACCCUUGGUCGAUAUGUCGGCCAGGUUGACCCUGAAUUCGCAGAGCCAAAGAGUAUUGAACAUGAAUCUAUUACCUUCGGCCGUCGGGUCUGGGUUGGAUUUGUAUGGGCUCUUACCUUCUGGAUUCCAUCCCCUCUUCUCCGUUUUGUUGGACGUAUGAAGAGACCGGAUGUCCGUAUGGCCUGGAGAGAAAAGGUCGUUCUCGUUGCUUUGAUUCUCCUUCUGAACGCUAUCAUUGUCUUCUUCAUCAUCGAAUUCGGAAACCUGAUUUGCCCUGGUAGAGACAAAGUCUGGGACAGCAGGGAAGUGUCUUUCCAUCAAGGAGAGGAUGACUUCUUCGUCAGUAUCCGAGGCAGUGUCUAUGAUAUCAGCAAAUUCGCCAAAACUCCCCAUACACAGGGUCGAAAGUACCCAACGGACAGGGAGUCUAUGCAGCCCUUUGCUGGCCAGAACCUCGAUGCCUAUUUCCCCAUCCCCCUGCCGCUUGCUUGUCCUGGUUUUGGUAUCAAGCCGGAAAUUCAGCUCAUUCCCAACAACACUGAUACUAUCCAGAACAGCAUUGCAAUUCACAAAUCCGGAAAAACUGUUGUCACUGAUCCAACGAUAAAGACUCAUGAGGACGACUGGUAUCCCCGCGUCUUCCAGCCUGCUAUUAAAGAAUAUUACAAGGGUAACCUAGUUUGGUCGAGAAAGAACGUCACAGCACAAGCGAAGGAAUUCGACAGGAAAUGGGUCAUCAUCAAUGAAAAAGUAUACGACUUGACUGAUUACUUCAAUAGCAUUGAUAAGAUGGAUGGUUAUCAGGGCUAUGACUUCUUGCCAUCUGUCGUCACAGACCUGUUCAAGAAAGAAGCUGGAACUGAUGUUACGAGCCUAUGGGGUGAUACCACUGAUUUCAAGAACAGCAUGAACUGUUUGAACAACCAGUUCUAUGUUGGCACGACCGAUUUCCGUGAGACUCCAGUAUGCCAGGUGAACAAAUAUAUCCUUUUGGCCUUUACCAUCAUCAUUGGUGCCGUCAUUGUCAUUAAAUUCUUGGCCGCCCUACAACUUGGCACUAAACGACGACCUGCCAUGCAAGAUAAAUUCGUUAUCUGCCAGGUUCCCGCAUACACUGAGGGAGAGGACCAACUCCGCAAAGCCAUUGACUCGCUAACUGCCCUCCAAUACGAUAACAAGCGAAAGCUCAUUUUCGUUGUCUGUGACGGUAUGAUCGUUGGUGGUGGUAACGACAGGCCUACUCCCAAGAUCGUACUUGAUAUCCUCGGUGUUGACCCCAAGAUCGACCCUCCUGCUCUCCCAUUCAAAUCUGUGGGCGAAGGAAGUGACCAGCUCAACUAUGGAAAGGUAUACUCUGGACUGUACGAGUACGAAGGCAACGUGGUCCCUUACAUUGUCGUUGUUAAAGUUGGCAAGGAAUCCGAGCAAUCCAAGAGCAAGCCUGGAAACCGUGGAAAGCGUGAUUCUCAGGUCCUGCUUCUUAGAUUCCUUAACCGUGUCCAUCACCGUGCUCACAUGUCGCCUCUUGAAUUGGAAAUGUUCCAUCAAAUCAACAACGUUAUUGGUGUAGAUCCCGAACUUUACGAAUACCUUCUCAUGGUUGAUGCCGAUACAAGUGUCAGAGAAGACUCUCUUAACCGCUUGGUUGCAAGUUGUGCAAACGAUGCGAAGAUUGCCGGUAUCUGUGGUGAAACCAGUUUGCAGAAUGAGGAACGAAGUUGGUGGACUAUGAUUCAAGUCUACGAAUAUUACAUUUCCCAUCACUUGGCUAAAGCCUUCGAGUCUCUUUUCGGCAGCGUCACCUGUCUUCCUGGAUGUUUCUCUAUGUACCGACUUCGUACCCAAGAUAAGGGCCGUCCAUUGAUCAUUUCCGAAAAGGUCAUUAGCGAGUAUGCUGAUGUCCGUGUUGAUACCCUGCAUCAAAAGAACCUGUUGUCUCUUGGAGAAGAUCGUUUCCUUACCACUCUGAUGACCAAACACUUCCCUCAUAUGUCUUACAAGUUCAUCCCAGAUGCAUAUGCCAGCACUGCUGCUCCAGAAACAUGGCAGGUUCUUAUGUCCCAGAGACGCCGUUGGAUUAACUCCACCAUCCACAAUUUGGCUGAGCUUAUGCUCCUCAAGGACCUUUGCGGAUUCUGCUGCUUCAGUAUGAGAUUCGUCGUGUUUAUUGACUUGUUCGGAACUCUCAUUCUCCCUGCCACAACUGUCUACAUUGGAUACCUUAUCUACCUCGUUGCCACCCAUAAGGGACAGUUCCCAUUGUUUUCUAUCAUUUUGCUUGCCGCUGUAUACGGUCUGCAAGCCAUUAUCUUCAUCAUCAAACGUCAAUGGCAGCACAUCGGUUGGAUGAUCAUCUAUUUGAUGGCAUUCCCCUUCUACAGUUUCAUCCUGCCCCUAUACUCCUUCUGGCACCAAGACAACUUCACAUGGGGUAACACUCGUAUUGUCAUUGGAGAGAAAGGAGACCGGAAGGUUGUUGCCAUCGAAGACGAGCCAUUCGACCCUAAGAGCAUUCCUCUCCAGAGAUGGGACACCUACGCCCUUAUCCACAACCUCCCCGGCCGCCGUGGCAACCCCAACGCGCAAGAGAAGGGUGGCUUGCCCGGUUACAAUGACGAAUCUGCAGUUGAGAUGGAUGACAUGCAGUCGAUGUACUCAUCUGUGAAGCCGGCAUCGACGAUACUGACUGGUUUCCCUAACCAGGGUGUCCAACAGACUCCCUAUGUUCUUCCUCACUCUCCAAACCCAUACAGCAACCUGCCAGGAAACAGGAGCUCCCACAUGUCUCACCUUACUCACUACACCGACCAGCCUCAGAUGGGUAACCGAGCAUCCCAACAUCUGUCAGUCAGCAACUUGAGCCAUUACCAAGACAACCCAGUCAAUGGCAGCCGCCUCAGUGGCUUCGGUGUACCGGGUUCUGAGAACUUCGCUCCAUCCCAACGCCAUAGCAUGCGAAGUCCCAUGCCACGACCACCCAGCACCCUGGUAGACUUCAGGAACGCUCCUGGACACGGCCCUGAUGAAGCAACUAUAACUGCUGCUAUCCAAGCAUGCCUUGGAGAGGUAGACCUCGACACCGUCACGAAGAAACAAGUCCGUGCUCUUGUUGAACAACGACUACAGACGACCUUGACCGGGGAAAAGAAGGCCUUCCUCGACCGCCAAAUUGAUAACGAACUCGCCAAUAUGUGA